GCCACGAGGUUCAUGAUCAUAAUUUUUCUUCUUCUUUCCCUAUAAUAUUCUCUCUUUCAACUUUGAUUUUCCUCCAAAUUCUCAAUUUUAUUGUAUACAAUACUAGCAAAGAAAAAAGGCUAAAUGUUGAUUGUGAGGUGCUUAAAUAAUGGAGCCCAAUCACAAUAAAUUUGCUAGUGAAGGACAAGUUGACCCUUCUUCAUCUAGGGUUUCAAAUCCACUUAACCAAUCGGACUGUAGUAAGUUUGGAGAUAACAGAGGCCUGGAUGAUUAUGAUCCAGUCAUUAGUCCUCCAAACAUUGUCAAAACGGGUAAGCAUGAAGGAUACGACAGAGUAGCUGUACACAUAAGUAAUGAAAUUCCCGAGAACACAAAUUCGUCGAGGCAUCUAGAUACUCAACCGGAGGAACUUUUAAGUAACCGGUCAUUUCAAGACACUCGAGAAGCUAGUGAGAGGUAUCAUAUGGACGGCUGGAAAGGGGAAUUUGGUCAAAGUGCAGACAUAAACAACGAUAAGAGUUAUAUCAUGGGCAAGCCAGUGGGUGGACAGCAAGAGGCUGAUCAUGAUUCACCUCUGUGCACAACAGAAAACUAUGAGAAGAGGGUGCAUACAAGUAAUGAAAUGGUCAAAGUCUCUAAUGUUGAUUUAAUCCAACAGACAAAUGAAAGUGAUGUAAAAAGAAAUUUUCUGUACCCACAAUUAACUGAAAAUAGAGAAUGUGAAAACCAGUCAACUCCAAAUGUAGAAGAAAGUAAGUGCGACAAAAAUCAAGGAAAAUAUUUCUGCUAUGAUUCACCACUCUUUGGUGAAACUGGGGCUUGGAUCCCUGUAUCAGUUCCUCCAAUGUCGGAGAGUGAGCAUGAAGAGUGGAGUAGAGGCUUCUGCUCGAAUGGGGGAUACAUUCCUGAAGGUGACACUGAUUGGAAUCAGUGCAUGGGGGAAGACAAGGAGUUGACCAUGUGGGAUGUAGUUGUAGAUAUGUUGCUCGCAGCACGAGGAAAAGUGCAAUCUCUUGCGUCUGGUGAUAUAGUAGGUAACAUGUCGUGGAUAUCAAGCCAUCUCAUUGAGCAGGCUUGGAAAGAGAUGGCUCAAACCCUCACAGAGGCAAAUUUUGGUAAUGCCCAGGAAAUUCUUGAGGCAGAUCCUCCCAAAUGGUUGCCUGACAGUGCAUCGUCCACUUGUAUGUUAUGUCAUGUACGGUUCCACCCUAUCAUGUGCAGCAGGCAUCAUUGUCGAUUUUGUGGAGGAAUAUUUUGCAAUGAAUGUACUAAAGGAAGGAGUUUGCUUCCUGAGAAAUUUCGCACUGGGGAACCACAACGAGUUUGUGAUGUAUGUUGUGUACGGCUUGAGUCUGUGCAGCCAUACUUAAUGGAUCAAGUAAGUCGUGCUGCUCAAUUGCCAACCCAUGACCUUACUGACUUGAGCACAUUGAGAUCUUGGGUUAACUUCCCGUGGGGACAGUCAAUGGAACACGAAAUUUACAAGGCCACUAACGCUAUUCGGGGCUAUGAAAGGAUUGGUCUGUUGAGUUCUGAGAAGAAAAUUCCAGAAGCUAUUCUACAAAAUGCAAGAGGCCUUGCCAUACUUACGGUCGUAAAAGUCGGAGUGAUGGUAACCUACAACAUUGGAACCGGAUUGGUAAUUGCACGCAGGGAAGAUGGUUCAUGGUCUCCCCCCUCGGCCAUUUCUUCUUUCGGUGUGGGAUGGGGUGCUCAGGCUGGUGGAGAACUUACUGACUUCAUUAUUGUUCUGAGAAAUACUGAUGCUGUCAAGACUUUUGGUGGUGAUGCGCAUCUGUCAGUUGGAGCUGGUGUGAGCGCUGCUGCUGGAAUCAUUGGACGAAAUGCGGAAGCUGAUCUUCGCGCCGGUACUGGUGGCUAUGCUGCUUGUUAUACAUACAGCUGCAGUAAAGGUGCCUUUGUCGGGUGUUCCCUGCAAGGAAGUGUCGUGACUACCCGAACACGAGAGAACUCCAGAUUUUAUGGUAGCCAGUCAAUAAAAGCUUCAGAUAUUCUCCUUGGCUCGUUGCCGAGGCCCCCUGCUGCGGCCGCCCUAUAUCGUGCACUUGCGGAAUUAUACCAGAAGCUUUGAAGGUCUCAUACGUCUUCAAAGUGUUGUACAUAAUGUUAAGACGCUAAGUUCAGGUUGGAAAUUUGGGGCUUGAUUACUGCUAUUCUUUGUGAAUUAUGAUUAUAUAGAUAUAGUGAAUUUGUACAGUCUGGAAGAAGAAAAGUUGUAAAUAUAAUCAUGAUCUUUGCUGGAAA